AUGGACAGUUAAAAAGGCCAUAUCAGAAGCCUAAAACCAGAGCAGGUCAUGGGGCUUGUGUGGGUCUGGUUGAAUCAGAGGCAGCGGUGAUGGAGGCUGGCGACAGCAGCAGGCGCAUGUGUCAUCAGGCCGCUGUGUGUAGGUGUAAGCCUGAGGAAGAAGGAUCAUAAAGGGGACUUUCGGUUCACCUCCGUUUAGCUUACUAAGCACUGCUUCAUGUUAAUUCGGAGGCAGAACUCCGUUUAUCGCCAAGGCUUUGGGUUUUAUGCACGCAGGUCCAGGUUCAUUUAACCCCAGUGCUCGCGUGGGCUGUCGGAGCAGUGACUCAGCAUCUGUCAGAGCGUUGCUCAAUGGGGAACUCACAAGGUGUGUCUGACAACAGUGGGGUUUAAUCUGACCCGGUUCACGGACGCGGAACGGGACGAGGUCCCACCGACGCUCCAGUCAUUCAAGGUUCAAGCCUCGCAGGUCACGUGAGGUUUAGUGGAAGAACGGGACGAGUCCAGUGUGUGCCGACUGACCCGAUUCAGCCGUGCUGAAAUCACUGGACAAAACAAUUAGGGUGAAAGAAGACGGUGGAGCUGAGAGGAAUGUGGUGGGACUGUAGAUAUGUAGACAGUUGAAGACGUGUGUGAUAUCAUCUGCUCUGUCGGCCUCCUGCAAGUCAUUGCUGUUUAACACCCAAUGUUACUUUUAUCCAUUCAGCUGCAAUUGAUGCUGCGCUGAUAAAGUAACUAUUACUUAUAAUAGUUACUGUUGUUCAUUAACAGGGAUAAAUCCUGCGCCCUCCCUGUUUGCUGCCUCUGUGGGUUAUUGGUUUCCACUCGGCUUCGCGGCCAACAGGAGGCAGCAGGGUCACACGUCUGGUGUGUCUGUGGGAUUUAGGGCAGAGGGUCGAUGCGUGUCUGGUGUGCGUUCGUGUCUGCAGGCAGAUGUGUGAACAGCAUCCAGUCGGACGCGUGUCUGGAUGCCGCUUUGCUCCAGCAAAGGUGAACUUCAAUCAAUCAAUCUCAUUAUUUCUAUUCACACGUUUAACAUCAUUUUUUAAUGAUGAAUGUUUCAUGGGGAUAUUGUGUGCAGAAAUGCUUGUUUGACUCAGGGGUGGGGGUUAAAUGCACAGCACUGUGUGCUGCCCAGGAGGCUCCUUGAUAUUUGCUCUGAACUGCAGCUAAGCAGAGGAGCUUCACCUCAUGUGUCCUGUCGUGUUUGCUCACGGCGACAGUGUGGACCCACUCUGGCUGCUCGGUAGAGGAACAGAUGGGAACCUGUCUGGAUGCUGCCUCGCUGGCUUCCUGCUGCAUUUGUUGCCUCAUGCACUGUAUGCAGCAUCAUAAUGAAACCUCAUGGAAUGAUCGAUGACUCAGCGUUUCUGUUAAACUCGCAAGCGUCUCGCAAUAGUCUGCUAGAAUUACCUUCGACUGAGUCACAUGCUCGAGGCUCUGAAACGGCCUCUACUUCUUCAAUUGACCCACAUGAGCCUGCUUUAACUUCCUGGUUUGACUUCUUGAUGUUGCCACAUCUGUAAUUCAUCCUGAGAAUCCCGAUUCCUGUAACAUUACCAUGAGUCAGCAGUUUAAGGAACAGAAGGCACAAACAAAAACUAAGAAGUAUGAGAAAGAAAGACAACACAGCCUGAGUGUGGACGUCUCUGUUCCCUGGAUGGAGCAGCGAGGUCAAGUUCUCCACUGACUAACGAACAGCAGGAUGUCACCCAGCAGCAUCAUGAAGCCGCCUUUUCUACCAUGACACGCAGUAACAUGCAAUCAGCACUGUGGACACGCGACGUAACCAACGCAAGCCAAGAAUAGAUACGUGCAGACACCCGCUGGACUGAUUCCCCUGAGCCUCAGCUGAUCCACCCUUCCUCUUUCCAUGUUGUGGUCGUGAACGCAUCGGCCCAUCUCACACAUUUACCUUCAUUCCGAGCCCAAGCACAUCCCAUCCCAGUGCCCCUCAGAGGGGCGAUGCCAGUCUUGCUCAAUGCCGAUGCGUCCUUCAGCUCCAAGCAGGAGCUUCUGGACCUGCAGGACUGUCCUAUCAGCGGGGGCCCGUCUGCGGACACCCCCAGCCCUGUGGACUCCCUGACAGACAGCCCUACAGGCUCGGGUCCCAGAAGCCCCGCCAGUUGUGGUGGUCAUGGCCCGGUUCGGCCUCACAUUUUCACCGGGGCGUCAACGCUCCCUGGGCAGCUCUACAGCGCGGAAGCCCGAUCCCGCGCUGAGGCCCCCAUGGGGCUGAAGCUGGUCCCAGCCGAGUCCGAGCAGCAGUGUGGCUGGGGCGCGCUGGCACCGAGAGCCAUCCAGGCAUUCAACACCCCUCGCUGGGUGCUGUUUUUCCUCUGCGUGGCCUCCUUUCUCCAGGGCAUGAUCAUCAACGGCUUCAUCAACACAGUGGUCACGUCCAUCGAGAGGCGCUUCGACCUGCGCAGCUACCAGGCCGGCCUCAUCGCCAGCUCCUACGACAUCGCCGCCUGCGUCUGCCUGGCCUUCGUCAGCUACUUCGGCGGCACGGGGCACAAGCCUCGCUGGCUGGGCUGGGGGGUGCUCAUCAUGGCGCUGGGCUCGCUGGUGUUCGCCCUGCCCCACUUCACCGCGCCCCCCUACCAGGUCAGCCUGCCCGAGAGGACGGGGGUGUGCUCUGGCAACCGCACCGGCCCGUGCGAGGACAAGGAGGCCGGGGGCCUGUCCGGCUACCGCUUUGUGUUCAUGCUGGGCCAGUUCCUGCACGGCAUGGGCGCCACGCCGCUCUACACGCUCGGGGUGACGUACCUCGACGAGAACGUCAAAUCCAGCUAUGCACCUGUUUAUAUAGGGAUCUUCUACACGGCGGCCAUUGUGGGUCCGGCCGCAGGCUACCUGCUGGGAGGAUAUUUUCUCAAUCUUUACACUGAGCUACACAUGCCGACAGAGAUGACUCCAGAGAACCCUCUGUGGGUCGGUGCCUGGUGGAUCGGCUUCCUAGCGGGCGGCGCCGCCGCUCUGUUGGUAGCCUUCCCCAUCCUCGGGUACCCACGGCAGCUACCAGGCUCCCAGGAGUUCGUGGCCAUGAGGGUGUCUGAGGCCCACCAGCUUAAGGACGGGAGCCACACCACAGCCUCGGACCCGCAGUUUGGCAAAUCUGUGAAAGACAUGCCGAGGUCUGUGCUGCUCCUUUUGAAGAAUCCCCCUUUCCUGUUCCUGUGCUUGGCUGGAGCCACAGAGGCCACGCUCAUCGCUGGCAUGUCCACCUUUGGCCCCAAGUUCCUGGAGUCGCAGUUCAGCCUCAGCGCCUCCGAAGCUGCCACAUGGUUUGGUUACAUGGUGGUGCCGGCGGGGGGCGGGGGCACCUUCCUCGGCGGGUACAUCGUCAAGCGGCUGAACCUGCGCUGCCGAGGCAUCAUCCGCUUCUGCAUGAUCUGCGCCAUGGUCAGCCUCCUCGCCAUCUUCAUCUUCCUCAUCCACUGCCCCAGCGUUCCCAUGGCCGGCGUCACGGGGCCGUACCGGUCCGGCCUGGAGGAGCGGGAGCUGGACCAGUACAAGCAGCUGCACGAGCCCAGCGCGCUGCGCCGCGGGAACAGCUCGGCCUUGGAGCUGAGCCUGACCGUGAGCUGCAACGCCGGCUGCGGCUGUGCCCGGGAGCUGUACAACCCCGUGUGCGGGGCCGACGGCCUCAUGUAUUACUCCCCGUGCCACGCCGGCUGCAGCUCCAUCAACCACACGGACCCCUCCACCGGCAAACAGGUGUUCUCCGGGUGCAGCUGCGUGGUCGCCAACGCGUCCCACGCGGAGAGAGGCUUCGCCGUAGCCGGGAAAUGCGGCAGCUCCUGCCACCACAUGCCGGCCUUCCUCACCUUCCUCUUCAUCAUCAUCUGCUUCACCUUCCUCUGCAGCAUCCCAGCUCUCACUGCCACGCUCAGGUGUGUGCCGGACAGCCAGCGCUCGUUUGGACUGGGCAUCCAGUGGAUCGUGGUCCGCACACUCGGUGGAAUUCCUGGACCCAUAGCGUUUGGCUCUGUGAUCGACAUCUCCUGCCUGCUGUGGCAGGACCAGUGCGGCGAUCAGGGCUCCUGCUACCUCUACCAGAACUCUGCUAUGAGCCAGUACACGCUAGUAGCUGGCAUCAUUUAUAAGGUUUUGGGCACGGUCUUUUUCCUGAUAGCCAGCGUCCUGUAUCAGCCGCCCCCUCAGUCGCCUCAAAGCAGCUGCGAGAGCACCGACCACGGCGCGGGCGACGCCAGCGACCUGCCCGCCAAAGGCCUGCCCGACGACGGCGUCAUCGUCAACCUGCACGCCAGGUUAUGACCCUGUAGCUGCUGAGAGUGUGUGUGUGUGUGUGUGUGUGUGUGUGUGUGUGUGUGUGUGUGUGUGUGUGUGUGUGUGUGUGUGUGUGUGUGUGUGUGUGUGUGUGUGUGUGAGUGAGUGCAGCGUCACAGCCAUACUGACAUCACCCCCUCCUCCCCCCAACGAGAAAGAAACGAACCCAACACACACACACACACACACACACACACACACACACACACACACACACCGCUGCUUUGUGCCUCAUGCUGUGGCUGCAUGUGUGUGUUCCUGCACCCGAGCGUAUCCGAUCAACAGGCCAGUGCCAUGUUUUUACAUCUUUACAAGCAUUUCUACAGAGACAGCGUCCCGCGUCAUGUUACCGUUCACAAUGUACAUGUGUUGACAUUUCUGUCUGAUGUUUUACGUCGUUUACCUUCCAAAGAUUAUUAUUGAUGUUAUCGCCAUGACUAUGAAGCAUUUACUGUGUCAGAGGAGCAUUUACGUCCCUCUCCUCCAGAACGUUGGUGACACUGCUGCAUUUUUUACUCGCAGGUGGAAGGUGUGGUCUUGUACUGUAUGUUGUCUUUCACAUCAUAUUUCCCAUCGGCUCUAAAGGCACUUGUAGUAAAAUAUUACAGCAGCACAAAUUAUUAUUAUAUCAAACAGAAAAGCACAUGCACAAAAAAUGAAAAAAAGUAGCUUAACAGAGAAGAGUACAAAGACUGAGGUGAUUUCUAUUUCAUUGCACGGACUAUGAAAUAGAGCAGCACAGAGCAGCACUUAAAAAAACAAUUCAAGCACUUUACAGUUUGGAAAGUGGCAACGACCUGGUCACAGCUACAUCUAAAAGAGAAAGAGGCCCAGCUCCAAUGUAGAGGAAGCUGUUCAGCCUGUGCUGCACCGAGGAUCAGGUCCAGGAGGAGAAGACAUGCUACAUUCGACUUUGAAGCCAUUUCGAGUGCAAAGGUGACCGUUUAUUUGAGUCUGACAUUCCAUGAAGCAGCCUCUAUUAUGAUCACUGUUAUCUGGACCUAAUCGUCACAGUACUGUAAAUCUACAAAUGUGCCAAACGGCUUUGCCUGACAUUUUAUUUGUUAAACUGAUCUUAUUUAUGCAAAUAGUUUAUUUAUAACAUUCCCGCACUUAUAUCUGUUUUUAAGUCCCUUCGCUGUGAUGAAAGCCACGCUGUGUUCAUCCUCCUCCCAUCCACACGGACCCGUCCUCCUGUGUGUCCUUGACGUGAUGGUGAAACCCGCUGUGUGUUUGUUGUCCGUGUUGUUGUCAUGUACCCGAUGAGGAGGUUCCCGUGAAAGUGUAAACUCUUUUUGAAUCUGAAGCUUUGACAGACUGAUCUGUGAAUUGAUUUUUAUUCUUUUUCUUUUUUUUGGUACCGUUUGAGUUUUUAUUAUUUUUUUAAGAGAGAAAAAAGCUUGAAAUCAUUGAUCUUUGUAAGGAAUGAUUCAAAGAUGUCAAGUGUUUUCUAAUUACUAAAAAACUGAACUGCAGAUUA